AUGGGUGGUUCUCCUCCCUGCGGAAAUUAUGUUCGUUCUGUCAAGGAUUACCGCCGACAAGUCGCGACUUUGCAAAGGUGGCCAACCUUCUCGCCUGACGACACUGCAGGGAUUCAUAUCCCCCACAACGACCCUCUUCUUAUCGUUCUUGGAAUUAGGGAGUACGACGUCACCAAAGUACUCAUUCAUACGUGGAGCUCCGUCGAUCUCAUCUUCCAAGGAACGCUGAAAAAGAUGGGAGUGGAUCUCAACGACAUCAAAGCGUCCUCCAGAACGUUAACUGGCUUCAAUGGAUCUUCUGAAACAAUACUGGGGACAAUCCACCUUCCGGUGCGCGCAUGCGGAGUUACUCGAACGGUCAAGUUCGCCUUUGUAAGCACGAAGGCACCUUAUCACGCCAUACUUGGAACCCCCUGA